GUAAAAAUUGUGACUAUCCCAAACAAAUACUCAUACAAAAAUCGCUAUGUAGUAUCUGUGCCGACAAUGUGGACUGUCUUCUCGGCUCUGCUUCUGUUCUUCACCAUCAUCACAAGCUUCUUCAUCGUGACUUCAACAACAUCCACUUCACCAGCUCUGCAUCCAGAUGAAUUAAUUGCGCUUGAGGAGAUAGCUACUACACUUGGCAUAAAGAGAUUGAACUUAAGUUAUGAAGAUCCUUGCCGAUUAAAAACUCUAAUGAUCAUACAAGAAGUUGGUAUUGUUUGGAAUCCGGGUAUGAACAACACCAUUGUUUGUGAUUGUAGCUUCAACAAUAACAAGACGUGUCAUAUUACAGACUUAAUUCUCAGAAAUUUUACGCUUUCGGGGAAAGUUCCACCUGAGGUGGCCAAGCUUCGAUAUCUCCGGUCAAUCGACUUAUACCGGAAUUACCUCACAGGCUCAAUCCCAAUGGAGUGGGCUUCAUUGCCAUAUCUCACUUCCAUUUCGCUCUCUGCGAAUCUUUUGUCUGGGAAUUUACCUGUUGGGUUGCAAAAUUUCAAGAAUCUAAAAGCCAUUGGUCUUGAAGGCAACCAGUUCUCUGGUCCAAUUCCUGAUGAGCUUGGUAACUUGACCAACCUAGCAGUAUUGUUUCUUUCGUCCAAUCAAUUGACAGGAAGUCUUCCUAGCACUCUCGCUAGACUUGUAAACCUUGAGGAAUUUUGGAUAUGUGACAAUAACUUUACUGGAAUCAUCCCAGGAUAUAUUGGCAACUGGUCUCGACUUGAAAAAUUACAUCUAUACGCAAGUGGACUGAGAGGACCUAUCCCUGAUGAAGUGGUCCGCCUAGAAAAUCUUACUGAACUGAGCAUUAGUGAUACAAUUGGAAUAAACUCUUUUCCAAUUAUAUCCAGCAACGCCAUCAAAACAUUGAUUUUGAGGAAUGUGAGUUUGUCUGGUCCAAUUCCUUCUUACAUCUGGAACAUGCCAAAUCUAAAGUCUCUAGACUUAUCAUUCAACAAGUUGACUGGUGAAGUUCAAGGAGUAAAAAACCCACCAAAAUAUACCUAUUUGACUGGCAACAUGCUUUCCGGAAACAUUGACUCCGGUGUAUUUUCCAACAGCAAAUCUAAUAUUGAUCUUUCUUACAACAAAUUCAUAUGGCCAUCUAGCUGCCAGGAAAAGAGUAACAUUAACACAUACCGGAGCUCAUAUGUGAAAAACAAUAUAUGGUUUGAAAGUGUUCUGCUGAUUAGAUGCCUAAUAAGUACUAUGAUAGUCUUGUUAUAUAGAACUGGGCUUCUUCCAUGCGCUGGUCCAAUGAACUGCAAGAACUAUCAGCGAUCACUUCAUAUAAAUUGUGGUGGAGAAAAUGUAAAUGUUACAAACUCCUUGGGUAAAAUCACUUAUCAAGCUGAUAACUAUAAAACCAAUGCCGCAACAAACCAGCACUUUGAGACGUGGGGAAUCAGCAACACAGGUCACUUCACCGAUGAUAAAAGCGAUGAUGACACGUACGUUAUUUCAACUAGUUUGAGAGCAACUGGAGACUCUCCUGAACUUUAUAAGACCGCACGUCGAUCUGCUCUAUCGCUAGUUUAUUAUGCGUUUUGCUUAGAAAAUGGAGCCUACAAUGUGAAACUCCAUUUUAUGGAGAUUCAGUUUGCAGAAGAAGAACUAUACAGUCGUUCGGGUUGGCGCAUAUUUGAUAUUUAUGUUCAGGGAGAAUUGUUCUUGAAGGAUUUUAACAUCAAAGAGGAGGCUAAUGGGACUCUAAAGCCAGUUGUGAAAGAAAAAAAAGCUGUUAAUGUGACCGAUCAUUUGUUAGAGAUUCGGCUGUAUUGGGCGGGGAAAGGAACAACCUUUAUUCCAAACAGAGGAUAUUAUGGUCCUCUUAUAUCUGCCAUCUCCUUGUGUCAUCACAGUCUCGGGCCAAAAUGUGGAGCGGAAAAAACAAAGCUACACACUAAUUAUCCCAUAAUUUUCGGUGUCACGGGAGCCUUUGUAGCAAUUACCCUCUUGGGUUUGGGAUUAUAUACUCAAAAAAGAUGCAGAGGAGACAAGAAAGCGAGGGAAAUAGAACUGAGAGCCCAGGGUCUGCAAACGGCUUGCUUUACUUGGAAACAACUGCAAGCUGCAACGAACAAUUUUGACCAAGCCAACAAACUCGGAGAAGGAGGUUUCGGAUCUGUUUUCAAAGGAGAGCUGUCUGAUGGAACCAUCAUAGCAGUUAAGCAGCUUUCUUCCACCUCAAGCCAAGGAAACCGCGAAUUUGUAAAUGAGAUAGGAAUGAUCUCAGGUCUGAAUCAUCCAAACCUUGUCAAGCUUUAUGGUUGCUGUGUUGAGAAGAACCAAUUGAUGCUCGUGUAUGAGUACAUGGAAAACAACUCUCUUGCCCUUGUGUUGUGUGGUGAAAACUCUUUGAAAUUGGACUGGGCAACUAGACAAAAAAUAUGUGUUGGAAUAGCAAGAGGACUUGAAUUCCUUCACGAAGGAUCAAUGAUCAGGAUGGUUCACCGUGACAUAAAAACAAGUAACGUGCUUCUAGAUGCCGACCUCAAUGCAAAGAUAUCCGACUUUGGAUUGGCUAGGCUUCAUGAAGAAGAACACACUCACAUUAACACCAAAGUUGCAGGAACCAUGGGAUAUAUGGCUCCAGAAUAUGUAUUAUGGGGACAAUUAACAGAAAAAGCAGACGUGUACAGCUUUGGGGUUGUGGCAAUGGAAAUUGUUAGUGGGAAGAGUAAUACAAAACAUAAAGGAAUGGUUGAUCAUGUCUCCCUUAUGGAUUGGGCGCUGACGCUGCAACAGAGAGGGGACAUAUUGGAGAUUGUGGAUCCAAUGCUGGAAGGUAAUUUCAACAGCAAAGAAGCUGUGAGGAUGAUCAAUAUGGCUCUUGUUUGCACAAAUUCAUCUCCUUCAUUGAGACCAACAAUGUCAGAGGCAGUGCUAAUGCUCGAGGGGGCGUUGGAGAUAACACCGGUUGUGUCAGAUCCUGGUUUAUAUGGACAAAACUGGUGCUCAAAGCUGAAGAACAUUAUUGAUACAGAUGGUAGCUCCAGCACAUCUGGUCUCACGGAUCAAAUAACAAGGACAACAAAAUCAUCUGUUUCCGGUUCUGAUCUCUACCCAUUAUACCCACCAUCCAUUAUCCAAGCGUAAAAUUACGAAGUUGUAAAAAUGCUUGAAGGAGAGACUAAGAUAAAACGAGUGAUAUGAUCAGACCCUGGAGUGUACCUUAAAAUGACUUGCGUUUCAAGCUAUCGUUUUUGUCUUCUGAUUAUGUCCUGUCGAUUAAUGUCAUCCUCUGAAUUUAUGCUUAUGAUGUGUAACUAACUCAGUUCCGAGUACAUUGUUAUCGCUAGACA